AUGUUGAAACAACCGCUGCCGCCGCCGUCCCCUCAACCUGCUGCGCCUUCCUCGGGCCCCCCUCCUCCGACUACGCCGCCGCCGCCUCAGGCCGCUGCAGCCGCCGCCGUCUCCUCCACCUCCCGCAAAGCCAACCCACCGCCGGCCAGCCCCAACGGGAACCUCAGCCCCGGGGCCGCGGGUGGACCCAGAGCCACAAUGGUGGCUCCCCUUGGAGGAAGCGGCACCAGGGGCCAGAGUACAGGCAAAGGACCUCCCCAAUCUCCUGCUUUUGAGGGUGUUUAUAACAAUUCCCGAAUGCUGCACUUUCUAACAGCAGUUGUGGGAUCAACAUGUGAUGUGAAAGUGAAAAGUGGAAGCACAUUUGAAGGAAUUUUUAAGACCCUGAGUUCUAAGUUUGAGUUGGCUGUGGAUGCUGUGCACAAGAAGGUGCCUGAUCAGCCAGUAGGGCCGAGGAGGGAGGAUAUUGUAGACACUAUGGUUUUCAAGCCUACUGAUGUCAUGUUAGUGCACUUCCGCAAUGUUGAUUUUAACUACGCCACCAAAGAUAAGUUCACAGAUUCUGCCAUUGCCAUGAAUUCUAAGGUGAACGGAGAGCACAAAGAGAAAGUACUACAACGCUGGGAAGGGGGAGAUAGCAACAGUGAUGAUUAUGACUUAGAAUCAGAUAUGUCUAAUGGCUGGGACCCAAAUGAGAUGUUCAAAUUCAACGAGGAAAAUUAUGGUGUGAAAACAACAUAUGAUAGCAGUCUCUCAUCAUAUACAGUCCCUCUUGAAAAAGAUAACACAGAGGCAUUUCGGCAACGAGAGGCCAGAGCUACACAGCUAGCACGAGAAAUUGAGUCAAGCCCACAGUAUAGACUGCGAAUUGCGAUGGAAAAUGACGAUGGGCGCACAGAAGAAGAGAAGCACAGUUCAGUGCAAAGACAAGUGUCUGGAAGAGACAGCCCCAGUUUGGCUUCCAGAGAGGGCAAAUAUAUCCCACUUCCCCAACGUGUCAGAGAAAGCUCCAGAGGAGGCAUACGCUGCAAUAGCUCUAGAGGAGGGAGGCCAGGCAUGAGCUCCUUGCCACCCCGUGGGAGUUCACAUCAUUCAGAAAGCAACGCUGGCUCUGUUCCAGAGCAACGAGGUAUCAAUGGAGGUCCAUCUAGAAUGUCUCCAAAGUCUCAACGACCCAAUCGAGGGGCUAAGAAUAUGUCUUCCCCAACCAGCCGACCCAUGGAAGUCUCUACUGCAUCUCCUACAGUGGGCCGUCUCUAUGCUCCUCGUUCACCGAAGUCUGCCUCAACUGUUCCAGUCUCUUCCCAAGAUCCCCCUGUGGGACCAGCUCUCCCUAUUGCUCCUGCAUCACCUUCCGAGUCAAGGACUACCAUGGAAUCGAGUGCUUACCCCACCCCACCUUCACCUAAAGUCCCAGUAUCUCUCCCAGUAGCUGCUGUUGAAGUUAAAGAGGUGCCUAGCUCUGCCACCAAAGAAGCCGGCAGGACUGUAGAAGUUAUGGGGCCCUCAGACUUAGUCAAGCAGACUAACAAAG